AUGCUUACGGCUUGUGUUACGAGUAAUCUCGAAAAGCAGUAUAGCAUUCGGUGUUGGAAUCAACAACAUAUUGCUAUCAGGGGUGAUGACUGUCAUGUCCCAAUUAUGGAUAUUGAUGGCAACAUUGUUCGCACCAUAACUACAGAUACAGAAAACGGGCCUUCUGAUGUCGUGAUAUUGGACGAGCAAAAUAUAAUUUAUAUCAAAUAUUACUCUAAACACAUCGUUUUUGUGAAGAAUAUGGAAACGACACAGGAAUUGAAAACUGUUACAACGACAGAUUGGUAUCCAAUACAAUUGUGUGUCAGUAGACCAAGCUACAUCUUAGUUUGUGUAUGCUUCCAGGAAUAUCAUGACAGCAAAGAUCAAGGACGUAAAGUUUUGCAGUACACCUCCACUGGGGAACUGAUACGAGAGAUUCGUUAUCAUUUUAACCGCCCACUUUUUAUUGCUGAAAACAUCAACUCGGACAUAAUUGUCAAUGAUUACUAUAGUGUCAAGACCAAAUACUUGGUGAAAGCUGUUAGUUCUAGAGAGUAUUUGAGAUUCAUAUAUGACGGAAGUGUUGAAUUUGGAUUUGCAUCCACGGUCGGGCCAGGUGGACUAGACUGUGAUACCUUAGGACAUAUUAUAAUUGCGGAUCAUUACAAUAACAAUAUCCAUAUAAUAAACAAGGAUGGCGGAUUUGUGCGUUUCUUGCUCAAUGAAAAUCAUUAUGUGGACAAACUGUGGGGUAUGUGCUUUGACGGAGUCGAUUCAAUCUGGAUUACAGAACUGGAGUCCAAAAAAUACAAACAAUUUAGAUACAUGACAGUUGAAGGCUGA